AUGGAGGAGAUAGACACAACCACCACGAGAUUAGUCAUCUCUCAAAUGGUGUUCACAAAUUUUAAGUCAUAUUAUGGAAGAACCGAGUUAGGCCCAUUCCACCAUUCGUUUACAACAAUAGUUGGUGCAAAUGGGUCUGGGAAAUCAAAUGUGAUUGAUGGACUUCUGUUUGUGUUUGGUCGUCGUGGGAAGCAAAUACGACAAUCCAAAUUAGUUGAUUUGAUUCACAAAUCAUCGCUUCAUAACGAUUGUCGUGAGGCGCGCGUUGAUGUGUAUCUCACUAAUGUGAAUGGGUCCGGUGAUGUAGUUCCGUCGACCAAUUUUGUUGUUUCGCGGAGUGUUUCGAAAGACAAUGGAUCAAAGUUUUACAUAGACAACACCAUUGUCAAGAUCGAGGAUAUUCAAGCAAAGAUGAAAACCAAAGGGUUUGAUUUGCAAAAUAAUAGAUUCUUGAUUUUACAAGGAGAAGUCGAGAGAAUAGCACUCAUGCCUGCAAAAGCAAAGACCGGGGAGGAAGGAAUGUUGGAAUUCCUUGAAGAUAUCAUUGGAACUGCAAAGUACAUCGAGCCAAUUGACUUAAAAACAGGAGAUUUGGAAAGUUUAAACGACACCGUUCAUGAUAAAACUAAUCGGUGUAGAAUGAGUGAAAAAGAGAAGAACGCAAUCUCACCAGAUAACGAGAGGGCAGUAUCAUAUGUCAUCUCAAAUUAUGAGAAGAUUGCACUGGAAGAACGAAUCUAUCGAGAGGAAAAACAAAAAAUCGAAGAGGAAGAGAAGGGAAGUUUAGUCGAAAUACGCAAGAUUGAGGGGAACUUAAAAAAGAUAACAAAACUUGUCGAAGAGAAAAGGGAGAACCAGAAGAAGAUAGAAAUUGAGCGGAACGAGAUUGAUGAAGAAAUUAAAAAGAUUGAGAAAGUGGCGGAACGAGAGAAAUCAAAGAUUGCAAGCCUUAAAAAGAGGAAGGCACGAAUAGAUGAAGAGAAAAAAAUCAAUGACAAAGCGGUACAACGCAACACUAAAGAGAUUGAUGAGUACACCAAAAAGAUUCGACAAGAGCAAGACCGCGUAUCUGAUACUCGAAGAAGGCUUGAAAAGUUGGAAGCCAGCAACAGUUCUGACAAAGAGAAAAUUGAUGAUCUUGAAAAUAAGAUUGAGAUUGAGACUAAAGAGAUUUUAGGUAAAACGCAACCCGUUAAAAGUGCAAUUGAGAAGUUGAAAGAGCAGUUGAGUGAUCCUGAACGGCGUAUUGAUGAACUUAAAAAUGGUGUUAGUCGACUUAAAGCCGAGCAAGGUGGGUUACAAGACAGAAGUCGACAAGCAUCCAAUCAAGUGGAACUUCUUUCUCAAGAGAUUAAGAAGCUUGAGGAGCAACAACUCUUACAAGUUGAAGAAAAGAAAAAGGAAGAAGAUCGCAUCCAAGAGCUUGGAACAGCACUUCAAGAACUUGACGCGCAACUUGCGAAGAGUGAUUUUCAAGUCAAAACAAAGAAAGAAUCGUUGUUGGAAGAUAGAGAGUCUCUCAGUGCGUUGGAACAAGCGAAUGAAGGAGUCCAAAGCAAGAAAGAGAUAACUGACAUCCUCAGACGAAUAGAGGAGAGUGGCAUUCAAGGGGUUAAAGGACGACUUGGUGAUUUAGGGAAGAUAGAUGACAGAUAUGACGUUGCGAUCACAACCGCAUGUGGAAUGUUGGACCACAUUGUUGUUGAAAAGACAGAAGACGCGCAGAAAAUAGCGAAGAUGUGCAGAGAGGAAAGACUUGGGAGAGUUUCAAUGAUCAUUUUGGAGCAAAUGAAGAUUAAAAAGGAUUGGAGGAGAUUUGAUCCAAUCGAAGGUGGACAGCGACUUGUUGAUUUGAUUGAAUGCGAUGAGUGGGCAAGAGACGCGUUUUACUUUGGAAUGAGAGACACAAUUGUCAGUGAAGAUAUCGAAACGGCAAAGCGAAUUUCUUAUGGGAAAGUGCGACAGAGAGUUGUAACGACAAAAGGGGAGUUGUUGGAUGUUGUUGGUACGAUUACUGGUGGCGGGAACGCAGUGAUGAAAGGUGGAAUGAAGAAAGUUGGGAUCAGUAAAGAGGAUAGAGAGGCGAUGGAAAGGCUGAAAGACAAAAUCAAAAUGGGGGAGGAUGAAAUGGAAAAAUUGAAAGAAGAGAAUGAGGAGCUGAAGAAGAGCAGAGAGGAGAAGCGGAAGGAGUUGAAAAAUGUGAAACGAGUCGAAAACGUCAAUCUGGAGAGAAAAAUACAGGAAAAGAAAAACGAAGAGAAGAAAGCAAAAGAGAAUUUAAAAGCACUCACAAAAGAUGAAAAGGUAAAAGAAACCCUUUUGAAUGCGACUGAAGAGAAAAACAAUGAAGAGAUCACAAAAAUUGAAAAUGAGUGUAGCUCCCUGAAAGACCAACUCGCAACACAAAAGAAAGAAUUGGAAAAACUUGAAGGAGUUGGAAUGAAAGUGCUUCGUGUGGAUUUGGAAGAUAUCAAGAGCAGGUAUACUCGAAACGUGAAAGAGGCGAAGAGGCUUGUAAGUGAAGUCAAUGGAAGCGACGGGAAGAUCGAAGAGUGGGAAAAGAUGAGAGCUGAGAUCGAAGACCAACUGAAGAAGUUGAGCGACAAGAUGGAAGAAGCUGUUGAAGAAGUGAAUGAAGACGAGCUGAAGAACAUGAAGAAAGAAAUAAAAGAAAAGAAGAACAUGAGGGGUGAGAAAGAAACACAAAUUGGCGCAAUUGAGAAAACAAUUGAGGAGUUGGAUGAGAGUUCGGACAAAAUGAAAGAACAAAUUGAUAAGAUCGAGAAAGGGAAGAGUGGGUUGAACGAGGCAAGACGGAAGAUAGUCGCAAGACGAGAACGAAAUUUUGAAGAAAUUGAGAAAAUUUUACAAGUUGCGAAUGUUCACGAUGAAGACCAGUAUUUGAGUGACUUGAAGGCGAUGAAAACCGUGCUUCCGAACGAAAACAAAAAGAACGCUAUGGCAAUGGAAGAAGAAGUCAACGAAGAGUCAAGUGAAGACGAUGAGCAAGCAGAAAAGAUAAAAAACAAAAUGGAAGAAGAAAUAGUUGGUGCAAAUAAUGAGCGAAUAAUUGGAAUAUCUCUGAAAGAUGUUGUGGACACGGUAUUGGAAAGAGAGAGUGAGAGAGAAAAAAUCGAGGAAGAAAUUGGUGAGGUGAAAAAGAAGAUUGAAGGGAUGGAAGAUGGCAUCAAUUUGAAAGUGAUAGCGAAGUAUCAAGAAGUGUUGAAGGAUUUCAAAGCAAAAGAAGCUGAGAUGAGAGCUGCAAUGGGCGAGAGAGAUGAGUGUAAAAAGAGUUUGGAAGAGUUAAAGAAGAAGAGAUUUGACGAAUUUAUGAAUGGGCUGACGGAGAUCUCGUUCAAGCUCAAAGAGAUGUACUACUUGUUGACACAAGGGGGCGUUGCUGAGUUGGAGUUAGUCGACACCCUCAAUCCCUUUACUGAAGGAGUUGUAUUCAGUGUGAGGCCGCCAAAGAAGGCGUGGAAAAAUAUCACCAACUUGUCAGGAGGAGAAAAAACGUUGAGUUCGCUUGCCCUCAUUUUUGCGCUUCAUCACUACAGACCAACACCAAUCUAUGUGAUGGACGAAAUCGAUGCUGCUUUGGACUUUAGAAAUGUGAGUAUCAUUGCUCAUUACAUCAAAGAACGAACGAAAAACGCGCAGUUUUCUAUAAUUUCGUUGAGGCCUGAAAUGUUUGAAUUAGCUGACAGACUUAUUGGUAUCCACAAGGUGAACGACGUCUCGUGUUGUGUUGCGAUUGACCCUUCUGCUUUUGUAUUAGGAAAUAAUUGA